CCCCAUUUAUUAUAUAUAAAAAGGGUGACCCCUUCUCAUCCAUUAUUUCCAUCAACAUAAUUCACCACAUCAUUCCAAACACUACUCUCUCUUUUUAAAACCUUUAGCCCUUUGUUACAUUUUUGUUUGAGAAAAUUUAGAAGAAGAAUGGGUGAGGGAAGAGGCAGUGCAAUGGUGUGUGUUGUGAUGGUUUGUAUGUUGUUGAUGCUUCAAUAUUCUCACAUGGCUCAUGCUGCAGUCUAUACUGUUGGAGGUGCUCAAGGCUGGACCUUCAAUGUUGCCUCUUGGCCCAAGGGAAAGCGUUUUCGCGCCGGAGAUACACUUGUAUUCAACUACAGCCCAUCAGCACACAAUGUGGUGGGUGUGAACAGAUUGGGUUACAGUAGGUGCAUUACUCCAAGAGGUUCCAAAGUUUUUCAGACAGGAAAAGAUCAAAUCAAGCUUGUGAAGGGACAAAAUUUCUUCAUUUGCAAUAUUCCUGGCCAUUGUCAAGGUGGAAUGAAGAUUGCCGUUAAUGCAAUUUAAUUAAAAUAUCCCUAAUUCCUAUAUAUAUUUACCAUCUCAUCUAAGAGUUUUGUCUAUUUUUUGGAUCAAAUUUUAAUUAUGAUUAAGUUUAUUGAUUACUAAUGCUUAAUCAUAUUAAGUUUGGUUGAUGAUUUAGACAACUCUAAUGGAAUAAUAUUGAGUACUCUUUUUCUAGUUUAAAGUGUGUGCUAAUUAGUUUGCUUUGAGUUUUAGUUUGUUUGUGAGAAUGUUUUUGCUUCACAUGUACCGUAUGGAAUAAAAUUAAAUACACCAACUUCUACUUCUUCUAU